AUGACUGAAGUCUAUACAUGUGUUGGUGCUGAUUGUGGUACAAAAACUGAAUCCACUCUUAAAUGUCCUGUAUGCUUGAAACAAGGUGCCACCUCUGUAUUCUGUGGCCAAGACUGUUUCAAACGUAACUGGGGCAAGCACAAGUUUACUCAUCCAAAAGCCGGAGUUGAUCAUUAUGAUCCAUUCCCUGAGUACAACUAUACUGGAAAGCUUAGACCAUUUUACCCGUUAACUUUGAAGCGUACCGUUCCAGAAAAUAUCAAAAAGCCAGACUAUGCCGCCACCGGGUAUCCAGAGAGUGAAGUCAAAGAAGCUAGAUCUUCUCAAAUAGAGGCCAUGGACGAGAAAGAGCUUAAAAAAUAUAGAACCGUCUGUAAACUAGGUCGUGAAGUCUUGGAUAUUGCUGCUGCUGCCGUUAAACCAGGGGUGACCACCGAUGAAAUCGAUGAAAUCGUCCACAAUGAAACCAUCAAGAGAAAAGCUUAUCCUUCACCCCUCAAUUAUUUCAACUUCCCAAAAUCGGUUUGUACUUCUGUCAAUGAAAUUAUUUGCCAUGGGAUCCCUGAUAAGAGACCCCUCAAAGAUGGCGAUAUCGUCAACCUUGAUAUUUCUCUAUAUAAAGAUGGGUUCCACACCGAUUUGAAUGAAACUUACUAUGUUGGGGAUAAAGCUAAAGCUGAUCCAAAGAUUGUCAACCUAGUGGAAACUACCCGUGAAUGUCUUCAACUUGCUAUAGACUCUGUUAAACCAGGGGUUCCAUUCCGCUCAUUUGGUAACAUCAUUGAAAAGCAUGCUCACGCAAACGGGUGUCAGGUAGUGAGAACUUAUUGUGGUCACGGCACUGGUAGAUAUUUCCAUUGCUCUCCAGAAGUCCCACAUUACGCUAAAAACAAGGCUAGCGGUCUAUGUAAAACAGGGGUGGUAUUCACUAUCGAACCAAUGAUUACCGCUGGUACCUUCCGUGAUGUGAGAUGGCCAGAUGAUUGGACUGCUGCUACUGCUGAUGGUAAAUACACUGCGCAAUUUGAACAUACCUUAUUAGUCACUGAAACUGGCUGUGAAGUUUUAACUUCAAGAUUUAAGAGUUCGCCAGGUGGCGCUGUUAAAAGACUCAAUUAG